UUUAGUUUCUCCACCAUUUUCAAGCCGAACACUUCAUGCAACUGGCCAAGAAACUGAUUUUCAAUUAUUAUUUUAAGUCAAUAGGAACUGCAGGUGGUUUUUCACAAAGAAUCAAAUUACCGAAAAGCUGAAAAGAUGCAUUUGCGAUGUGUCAUUGGAUGGCUUAUUAUAGCAAGUUUUAGCCACGAAGCUUUUUGUAGAGGAUUCCUGAACCUUAAACCGGUUCCAAUUCACGAGGAUGAGGGCAGUACCGAGGCUUAUACUUCUCCAUCUCCCCCUGCUGCACCAACCCCUUCGAAUAGGGAUAUAACCAUCGGCCCAUGCAAAUGGGCCAUUGGUCGUAGUUGUCCCGAUCCGGAUGUCAAGUAUUACAUCUACACACGCCACAAUCCCAUGGAUAGACAAUGCCUGCAUAUAGAUGAAUCCCAGGAGAAGUCCAAUCUGACUGACUCCUACUUUAAUCCCAGAUAUCCCACGAAGAUAAUUAUCCAUGGCUAUAACUCGGAUAUGUUUCUGCAUCCGUUGCAGCAAAUGAGAGAUGAAUACCUGGCCAAGGCGGACUAUAAUAUCAUCUAUGUUGACUGGAGUAUCCUGUCGCCAGGACCCUGCUAUAUAAGUGCUGUUCAUAAUACCAAACAUGCUGGCACCUGCACCGCUCAAUUAGUGGAGCGUUUGGUGGAGACAGGAAACACGGAUAUCCAUGUUAUAGGAUUUUCCCUAGGAGCUCAAGUGCCCAACUAUAUAGCCCGAAAUCUAACGUCCUUCAUGCUCCCAAGGAUUACUGGUUUGGAUCCAGCAAUGCCUCUGUUUAUAACCUCUGGAAACGCGGAUAAACUGGAUCCCAGUGAUGCCAGUUUUGUGGAUGUGAUACACACAAAUGCUUUGGUCCAAGGAAAAAUGGAGAGAUGUGGUCAUGCGGACUUUUACAUGAACGGAGGAAUCAUGCAACCUGGUUGUAAUGGACAGAAAAUUAAUUCCUUUGCCUGCAGUCAUCAAAGAGCUCCUGCAUACUUCCUGGAGUCCAUCCGCUCACCCAAGGGAUUUUGGGGAUGGGCAUGCAGUGGUUAUAUAUCCUACCUCCUGGGAAUGUGUCCUCCCACAAACUUUCUGCUCGAAGCUGGGGAUAAUAUACGUCACACUACUAGAGGAAUGUUUAUGAUCGACACCAAUGAUAGCUCGCCAUUUGCUCUGGGCAAGUGGACCGACUUACCCACUUUGGGAGCGAAGCAACCACAUUGGCGAGCUCCCCCGCAGAAACUGAAGGCUCCUCCAAAUCAGGGUGUAGAUCCACUACUGCAUCACAUAGAUCAGUUUGGCAAGCUGGCAGCCAAUUUUAACAACCUGCAGAUGUCUCCCGGUGGACAGGAUCCUUAUGAGCACUGGACCAGCUACAGUCCAGAGCAGAAGGAAACCGAUGAUGACGACAAGUCUGUCGAGGAGCAGGACACGGUUGAAUUUGCCGAUCCAGAUGAUCGGACGUUGAGUACGCAGGCUCCGACUCCUCAAGUCAGUUGGUGGGAUUACAGAAGGAAUCUCACAUACGGAUUCACGGAGAAUGACAUAUUUUCUGUGCCGACAGUGGAAUAGCCCCAAUCGAUGCUUCAAGCUAUUUAUACCCCUUCCUUGCCCCCAUUCCUUACUAAUAUUUAAGCGUCACUUAAGCCGAUGUUCAUAUUGGCAAAAACAAUGCACACAGAAACAGAAAAUUUAAUACAAAUUUGUUUAACUCAUCUAAUAUUAUAGGACCUAUAAUAAAUAGUGAAUUCCUAUUGUGCAAUUUAUAAAAUUUUACGCGAGAGCGAAAAAAUAAACAAAACACAAGCCAGGACCAUACAA